UCGGACAUUGUCGUGGGAAAGCAGUGUAACUUUUAACGAAUUCAAACAUUUCUAAUUAUCGAUAUAAUAAUAAAUACAAAAAAUGUAUACGAUAAACAAUACCAAAUUUAUUUGAGUGUUUACCACGUCGCCACAGCAUCUUUUAUCUCUGUUUUGAUUUUAAAAACAGACGAAUCAAACUUCUAAAGUUUUUAUCAACGAUACACUAAACGUUACACUCGGUAUAACAAUUUGUAAUGAAAGUAUUCUUGAAACAAAAAUAAAUACUACGCGAAAUGUCAAGAGAUUCCUUGUUAGUUACAUUGAAAGUACAGGAAGUGGAUGUUCUUCGAUCAUUGAGUGAAAAUUGGAGGGUCCCGAUGAAAUCAACAAACUUUUCGAAAUUGUACUUUGUCCCGAUGUAAAAGUGUAUUGAAUUUAGAGGACUGUCUUCUUUGAAGUUCCAGAAAAUAAAAAAAUGCUGUAUAAAAAAACACUUUUUCAAUGUCAUAGACGAGGUCUGAAGAAUUUAAUUCACGAAGAUAGAGAACGAGUAUACGAACAAUUUUUUGAGAAGAAAAAGUAAUCGAAAACAAAUGUUCGCGAACGACCAAUGGAUUGUCUAACUGUAACAUGCGAAAUUGCGUCAAAACACAUAAGACGACUCUAAAGAUCGAGGGAGACAAGAAUAACAAACAAUGCUAAAUAUAUUCUACAAAACGAAGAUACAAGGAAUUUGAUUUAAGAUACACUUUCCUCGAAGAAAUUGGAACGACUAUUCAAACAAGGAUUUUACAGACGCACUUUAGAAGUUUUUCCAAUUGAGUGGGGAAAGUAAUUACGACGAAACCAUGAAUUACUACCGAACUAUUUAAAGAAUCUUCGUUCACGACAUUUGUCUUGGAGGACCAAGAUAAUAUAAUUAACAAUUGUCGUUCCGUAGAAGAUAUUCGAAUGUUGUGGAAAAUUAUUGAAUCCCGCAUUCGAAUAAUUACGUUUAGGGAAAUUGUUUCACCGAUAGACACCGGUGAAAUACGUUAAUAAAAUCAAAACGGAAGUAGUCCAUUUCCAAGAGACAUGACUUUUAACGAUUCAUCGACCGAUUACGUUUGCAAUUUAUCGUCCUUUCAUUCGCAUUAUUCUCAUGCGCAUGGAUGGAUUUCCCUUCUCGUUUGUAUUUUUGGUUCGAUUGCAAACAUUUUGAACAUUCUCGUUCUAACGCGACGGGAAAUGCGAUCACCAACGAAUUUAAUUUUAACGGGAUUGGCCGUGGCCGAUUUAUUUGUAAUGAUCGAUUACAUUCCUUUUUCCAUUCAUAUCUACCUAUACCGUCGAUCAAGAAGAGACACCUUUACCUACGGAUGGGCAUCUUUUGUGUUAUUUCAUUCGCUCUUCUCACAGGUGUGUCACACAAUCGCGAUUUGUUUAACUUUAAUAUUGGGCGUAUGGAGAUACGUGGCAGUAGCAAGACCACAGAAAACCACAGAGUGGUGCAGUUACAAAAGAACUACUUUCGCGAUUCUGACGGCGUACGUUUUCUGCCCUGUGCUUUGCGUGCCAUUGUAUAUUACGACGAAAGUAAGAGAGCAAGUGGAGAUUCUAGAUUCCGACGGAAUGAGUAUUCAAAAUACAAAUCUGACCGAUUCAUCGUUAGUAAACGGAACAAACACGACUCUCUACUUUGUUAAAUUAACAGAUACUGCACAAAAUCACAACAUACUGGAAGAAUUGAAUUUUUGGAUCUAUAGUAUCGUUAUCAAACUUUUCCCCUGCUUCGUGUUAACGAUUGUCAUUUUGAAACUCGUUCAAGUUCUACUGCAAGUGAAACGAAGAAGACGAACACUAACUAAUUGUAAGAACAUUCACAUGAAAAAUCUGGAUGGAAUGAAGUGUAUUAGACGAAUGAAGAAGGAAAGACAAACCGAUAGAACUACCAUGAUGUUACUUGUUGUUUUGCUCCUUUUUCUAUUGACAGAAUUUCCUCAGGGAAUUCUGGGACUUUUAAGUGUGUUGUUAGGAAGAACUUUCUUUCAAACUUGUUACAUGAUGUUAGAUGACCUCAUGGAUACGUUGGCCCUUGUAAAUUCUGCUAUAAAUUUCAUCCUUUAUUGCACAAUGAGUAGACAGUUCAGAAAAACAUUCAACGAACUGCUUUGCAAAAAUUGGAAAAUCCCCAGGAACGAUGGGAAACAAAUUGUUAUAAAACGCCAUAAAAGUGCGGGUCCUAAUAACACGGUAACACAGGUGACGCUGGUGUAGCUAGCUAAAAAAUGUUGAAU